ACAAAAAGGAACGGAGAAAGCGAUACGACGACGUUUUGAAAUACGGAGAAGCGUCAGCCAAAAAACCGCGAAAACCAAAUCGACCCCUUCCGGAAGGUGUUCGGAAGAGGGGUACAGGAGAAAGACAGAUGGCUCCGACAAAUCCUCCGGUAAUGAACGCUCAUUUCAAUUUUUCAGGUUACAAGGGUUCUGAUCAGAAUCAUCUGGGAAGCUUUGCAUGGUUGGAUCAGGAUAUGGUUACUUGAGAGAAGGUAAGUUGCUUCAUCUUGCUGCUGUUUUUAAGCUUAAUAAUGUAAAAAACUCAAGUACUAUUAUAGAUAUGGUCAGUGGUACUUUGGAGACUUUUCUUAAUGAUUCCAAUUAUUUUGAGCCAAUUUUUAUAUUGGCAUUUCCUCAAAUGAAUUACAAGUACACUUUGGUUAUGGAAGAAAUUGAUGCUGGGUUUGCUGGUGAUAGUAAUCUUUUAGAGAGUUUAUCACUUGAUACAGAGUUGAGUACAACUAUCUGUUUGAUACUCAGGUCAAGGAAUCAUUUUGUACUGCAAUAUGCCCAUGAAUGCAAUUCUUUGCAGAAUUGCACUCCUUUUGGUGGAGAUAUUGGAUAUUUACCUCACAUAAUUUCCAUAGAAGCUAUUCACUGUUCUGAGUAUAAAUGAAGGUUGCAAAUUUUGGUAAAUUUCCAAUCUGAUGAAUAUUACCGAAGUUUUCAUCCCAAUAUGACAUUGGUUGGGGAGGGAUGGUGGGAUGUCAAGAAGAAUCAGAUAUAUGUUGCUGCUUGCCAGAUAUUGAACACAACAAAUUUUCUGGCUAUUGCUCAUGUUGGAGGAUGUUCAAUUAGGUUGAGCUAGAGAUUUCCCAGAAUCUGGUCAAUCAGAAACAGGAGCAUGAUGGUGGGACAAAUUUGGAGUAACAAAACCAUAAACUAUCCAGGAUACUUUGGCAGGAUCAUGUUUCAAAGUUCCAAUAUUAAUUUGCUGGGGGUUCAAGGUUUGAAGUAUGAGUACACUAAAAUUGACAGAGCAAAAAAUUUAUGCCAGAAAAAGAAGCCUGAAGGCAAGGGGUUAAUAUACCCAAAUGUAUAUUCUAUUGAUAUGCAUUUUGGCACGUCAGUUAGAAAUUCUAAAGGGGUAAAGGCAUGGGGUUAUUCAGAACCCCUCUUUGUGGGUGAUAAGUUCUGUGACCCAUAUAAGUAUGCUAUACCUGUCUCAGAAAACUCAAGGUCUUCUGUGCCUAUCUCCACAUCAAUGCCAGCAAACUCUGAAGUUGAAGCAAAUGCUGGUGAUAGUAGCCCACUGAAUAUCAGCUACAAGAUAAGCUUUAAUCUGGAACCUGGUGCUGAAUUUGGUGGUAUAUCCAUCCAUUUAAGUCAUCAUCAAGGAUUAACGCACAAGUAGAAAUUUAUGCUGAAGGGAUUUAUGAUAUGAAGACUGGAGGCAUUUGUAUGGUCGGCUGCACAAAACUAAGCUCCAUGAUUCAGCAAUUAACAGACGAUUCUAUGGAUUGUGAGAUUGUUGUGGAUCUGCAGUUUUAUCCAUUAAAUUCAGAGAAAGAAGGUCGUAUUAAUGGAAGCUUUGUAAGCAGACGGGAAAAUCUGACCCUCUUUACUUUGAACAUCCGGACUUGUCUUCAACUUGUAAUUUUUUUGAGGCAAGACAAUCAAUUUGGAGGAUGGAUUUGGAGAUCAUUAUGGUUCUGAUAUCUAACACAUUUUCCUGUGUCUUUCUGGGAUUGCAACUCUUCCAUGUGAAAAAGCAACCUGAGCUGCUUCCUUCCAUGUCUCUAGUCAUGCUUGUGAUUCUUAUUUUGGGCUACAUGAUCCCUCGUCCUAAAUUUUGAAGCUUUAUUCUUGCAAACCCAUACUCAGCUAAUUGUUUUGCUUGGAAGUGGUGGAUGGAUUAAAGUGAAAGAAGUGAUUGUGGGGGUGGUCACAAUGGUAGUUUUCCUGUUCCUAUUCUGUCUUCUCCAGUUCACAUGAUCAGCAAGAUUGGCUGAUGAAGAAAAAAACGCCUUGUGGGUUGCUGAGAGGAAUUCUCUGUAUGUGUCUUUACCAUUAUAUACAUCCAGUUCCUUAAUUGCCUUAUUUUUGAACUGGAGGAAGAAAGAAUAUGGUAUUAUGCUACAUGUAUCUUAUCUUAUAGCUUACCAGCAGCAUUCUCAUUGGCAGGACUUGAGACCUUAUGCUAGCAUGGUCCUUGAUGGUUUCCUUUUCCUUCAAAUCCUACUCAACAUGCUCAUGAACUCCAGAAAGCAAGUUCUCUCUCAUCCAUUUUAUAUUGGAAUCACUUUUGUUAGAUUACUACCACAUGCAUAUGAUCUUUACAGAGCUCACAAUGAUAAACACAGUUUUGUUGGGUGAUACGUUUAUGCGGUUCCUUGUGCUGACUUUUACUCAACUGCUUGGGAUGUCAUUAUUCUUUGUGGGGGUGUGCUGUUUUCUGCAUUCAUUUUCUUGCAGCAGAGGUUUGGCGGCCAUUUCAUCCUUCCCAAGGGACUUAAAGAGUUGGAAACAUAUGAGAAGGUGACAGUGGUUUGUGGUAAGUUAGAGGAAUCCAGCACUUAAUAAUCUGUUGUUUUUAUCUCUGCAAGCUCCAAUCUGGAUGCACAUGAGUUUGAAUAAUUCGGUCUUUAGUUUCUUUUGUACCUUUUGCUUGUAAGAGAAGUUGUAUUUCCUGAACCAUUAUUGGAUGCUGCUUUAUUUGACAACACCCAUUAGAGUUACUUUGUAUGUUCUUUUACUUCUUCUCCUUCAUGCCUAACUUUAGCAAAUUUAUAAUGUCAAAUGAAUAUAAUAAUGUAACACUACCACCCUUAUUGAAGAUAUGGCUGACAUUCAAACUGUGAUUGGGAAAUGGCUACCAGACAGACAGAUGCCUUCAAUGAAAUCUCUGGUAAUGGACUCUAUUCCAUUUUUUUCAAGUCUAAUCUCCAAAUUUCUCAUCAAUUGUCUUUCUUAUUUUCCCAAGAAAAAUAUCUUUGCCAUCAAUUUCAUUUUUUAUCUCUCUCUCUCUCUCUCUCUAACUGUUGAAUGCAUUUUUGUUGAUAGAACUGCCAUUUUACAGUACUAAGAGUUUUUUACUGCAUUGAAUAGAUUCUAAUAUUUUUGUCAAUUUUCACAACAUGAAUGUCACUAAUUAAGUGAAAGAACUUUUGUGAUUAGGGUUUUAAAAAAUAGUGAGGUUACUGAUGCAAAGAAAAUCCAAGUUCAGAACCUUGGAGAAAGGGGAGAUUUUAGUAACUCAAGAAAGGCAAUUCCACAGGAUAAAGAGGGAAGAAGCUCACUAACCGUCACAAGUCAUUCAACUAGGAAUUUUAGGGUUUGUUUUGUUUUUUUCUUUUCGGUGGCUCGUGGAUUGAGUGAUGCUACAUCUUUCAAGAUCUUCAACAAGAUUUAAAUGCAUAAAUAUCUUUAAUUCUACAAAAAAUUACUCAACAUGUUAGUUAAGCCAUGGAAAAAGAACGAAUGCUGGAUGCUUACAUUUUUUUCUUGUUAAUGGUAAACUUCUUAUUUCAUAUUUUGCCAUAUCUGUUGUUUUUUUGUAUGGCUUGUAAGAAUCUUUAUUUUGUUUUCUUGUUUUGUUAACCUUUCUUUCUUGUCCUUUUCUUCAUCUUAGAAAUUUUCAAGGAUGUAGACCUUAUCUUUAUUUAUAUUUUUUCUGGUAAAGACUAUAUCACCAUGACUGUAUCAACUUUAAAUUGGUCCAACUAAAUAACUCAAAACUAAUCCUAUUCUUGUUGACCGGGUUACCAAUGUUUUUAUCUAUCUGAGAAAUAAUUCAAGAUAGUUACAGAAUAGUAUUUUUCUUCAACUAAUUCCAACAUUGUUUACUGAUCAACAUGGAAUUCUUCUGCAUGGAGAUUUUUUUUUCCUUUUUCUGUCAUAGCAUCUUUCCUUUGAAUCAAUUUUCUAAAGAGCGUGUACCCAUCAACUUCUUCCUUUGGCUAAUUUUAGUUGGGACUUAUCUUUCAUGACGGAGGAACCUACAAGAGAGAGAGAAAGAGAUGUGUGAUAGGACACCCUGUAUGGAUUUGAAAAAAAAAAGCAUAUACAAGUAUAAAAUCAACAUCACUCUGUACACAUCUAUAAAACAAAUUUUCUCCUUUGGAAUGAACGGUAUUUGCAAUAUAUAGCAGAUAUAGACAUGCUUGCACAAUUAGACCUUUGUAAUUAGGGAGUUUCAAAUAAACUUACUAACAAUAAUAGAAUGAAAGAUGAUGCUUUUACUAAUUGAUUUCUUGGACAUGUAUAAUUAUAUGUUUUGUAUUUUUAGCUUUACUUCUACAAAUCAGAGUUUUUUAUGUGUUGCAUUUUGAGAAACUGUUCACUAGGUGAAUGCAGCAUAAUUUACUCUGCAAUUGCUUUCUAAUUAAAACCUUACAGAAAAAAGUCAACUUCGCUGGUUUUACUGGUGGAGAGAGUGAGACGCAUAUAUGACAGAGGCUCAGAUAUUCACAUAUUGAUGCUUGUUGAUUCUUCUUCUUCUUCUGCUUCUUCUUCUCAGUUCAAGAAAUCCACCACUAUGGUUUUGGUUUCUUAUUCAACCACCUCUUCACAGAGGUGGUUUCCACUAGCGUGGCUUCAUGCUUUCUCACUUCUAUUUGCAACCUCAGUUUCAUACUCUCCAGUUGAAGUCUCUUACCGUCAUCACUGUGAUUCCAUUGUCCCUGAGUCCACCCCAACUUCACCGGAAUUCACCUCCUCCCUACUUCCACGAUCACAAACUGGUUACUCUAUUGGUCCUGAUACAACUGUAAACCGAAAUUUGUCUCGCUACUUCUCACGUUACUCAUCUCCAGUAUCAUUUUACACACGAAAUAUCUAUAAAACCAAAACUGAAGGGGUGUUCAAGGUGGAGGGCCGAUUGCGCCUCUUUUUACCAUGGAGUCUGAAGUAUAGUCAGUUAUCCUAUCCUCAUUUACAAGGGUUCUGGUCAGAGUCUUCUGGGAAGCUUUGCAUGGUGGGAUCUGGAUCUUCUCGUUCAAGAGAAGGUAAUUGGGUUCCUCUUUCUGCUAUUCUUAAGCUCAUUAAUAUAAAAAAUUCAAGUACUAUUACACAUUCAGUUAGUGGUACACUUGAGAGCUUGAGUUCUGUUAAUGAUUUCGAUUAUUUUGAACCAAUUACAAUACUGUUGUUCCCUCAAAUGAAUUACAAGUAUACUUUGGUUCCGGAAGAAAAUGAUACUGGUUCCACUGGUCGGCAUAAUGUUCCAGAGAGAUCAUCACCUGAUACAGGGUUGAUCACAGGUAUCUGUUCGAUACUCAGGCGAGGUUAUCCAUUUGAAUUGGAGUAUGCUCAUCACUGCAAUUCUUCGCAUAUUUGCACUCCUUUUGGUGGGGAUAUUGAAUAUUUGCCUCACAUCAUUUCCACAGAAGUGAUUCAGUGUUCAGAGUAUGAGCGAAGGUCGCUAGUUCUGGUAAAAUUUCAAUCUGAUGAGCAUUACCAACCUUUUCAUCCCAACAUGACGUUAGUUGGGGAAGGAUGGUGGGAUGCCAAAAAGAGUCGGCUAUCUGUUGUUGCUUGCCGAUUGUCUAACCUGAAGAACUCUCUGGCUAAUGCUCAGGUUGGGGAUUGUUCAGUUAGGUUGAGCUUGAGAUUCAACACAAUCUGGUCAAUCAGAAACAUGAGCAUGAUGCUGGGGCAAAUUUGGAGUAACAAAACUGUGAAUGAGUCAGGGUACUUUGAAAGGAUCGCUUUUCAAAGUACCCAGAAUGUUAUGCUGGAGGUUCGGGGCUUCAAGUAUGAGUAUACUGAAACUGACAGAGCAAGAAGUUUAUGCCAGAUAAAGAAGCCUGCUGGAAACAAGGGGGUAGCUUACCCAAAUGGGUAUUCUUCUGAUAUGCAAUUCCACAUGUCUGUUAAGAAUUCUAAAGGUGUAAUGGCAUGGGGUUUUUCAGCCCCUUUCGUUGUGGAUUAUAGGCUUUAUAAGCCAUAUCAGUAUGCCAUGCCUCUGUCAAUUAACUCAAAAUCGUCUGUGCCUGUCUCCAGACCAAUGCCAGCAAACAGAGUUGUUGAAGCAAAUACUAGUAAUAGCAUCCCAAUGAAUAUCAGCUACAAGAUAAGCUUCAUGCUAGAACCUGGAGUGGAAUUUGAAGGUUUUGUCUCUUCUUUGAAUUCAUCCUCUCUAAUGCAUACACAGGUAGAAAUUUCUGCAGAAGGGAUUUAUAAUGCCAGAACAGGAGGCCUGUGUAUGGUAGGCUGUAGAAAGCUAAGCUUAAUGACUCGGCUGUCAACAAAUGAUUCAAUGGACUGUGAAAUUCUCGUGAAUUUCCAGUUUCCUCCAUUGAAUUCAAAGAAAGGUCAUAUCAAGGGAACCAUCAAAAGUAGACGGGAAAAAUCUGAUCCUCUUUACUUUGAACAUCUGGACUUGUCUUCCACUUCUUAUACUGUUGUUGAAGCCAAACAAUCCAUUUGGAGGAUGGAUUUGGAGAUCUUCAUGGUUCUGAUAUCUAACACCCUUUCAUGUGUCUUCCUGGGAUUGCAACUCUUUUAUGUGAAAAACCAACCUGAUGUGCUGCCUUCCAUCUCUCUACUCAUGCUCGUAAUUCUUACUUUGGGCUACAUGGUCCCUCUUGUCCUGAACUUUGAAGCCUUGUUCUUGCAGAAUCAUGCUAGACAGAAUGUUUUGCUUGAGAGUGGUGGAUGGCUUAAAGUGAAUGAGGUGAUUGUGAGGGUGGUCACAAUGGUAGUUUUCCUGUUGCAGUUCCGUUUACUCCAGCUGACAUGGUCAGCCAAAUGUGGUGCCGAAAACCAAAAGGGCUUGUGGGUUGCUGAGAAGAAUGCCCUGUAUGUGUCUUUACCAUCGUACAUACUUGGAUGCUUAAUAUCCUUGUCUCUCAACAGGACAAAGACCGAAUAUGGUGCUGUGAAGGGCCUGAAGGCAUCAUCAAGCCUUAUCAGUUACCAGCAACAUUCCCAUUGGCAGGACUUGAGAUCUUAUGCUGGCUUGACCCUUGAUGGUUUUCUUUUCCCUCAAAUCAUUCUCAACAUGUUCAUAAGCUCAAGAGAUGAACCUCUUUCUUGUUGGUUUUAUAUGGGAACCACCCUUGUUCGAUUGCUACCUCACGCAUACGAUCUUUUCAGGGCUCAUAACUAUGUUAGCGGUUUCAAUGGGUCAUUCCUUUACGCAAAUCCUGGUGCAGACUUCUACUCAACCUCUUGGGAUGUCAUUAUUCCUUGUGUGGCUCUGCUGUUUGCUGCUAUCAUCUUCUUGCAGCAGAGAUUUGGCGGUCGUUGCAUCCUUCCUAGGAGAUUUAAAGAUUUGGAGGCGUAUGAGAAGGUGCCAGUGGCUAGCAGUGAGUAACAGGUAGAGGAAUCCAGGACUUAGAUAUGUUGUUUUUGUUGCUUUGAGCUCCAUUCUGGGUGCAGAUGGAUUUGAAUAAUUCUGUCUUUGUUUCUUAUGCACUUCCUGCUCAUAAGAGUAGUUGUAUUUCCUGAACCAUUACUCUUAAGUACUCUCUUGUUUUGACA